AUGCGCCACGGCAAUCUCUCUCACGACCAAGUUGUGGCACUGGCGUGCCGGAUCAAGGCCUCGACGCGGCUUUCCAGCCUCCAGGAGCUCCAUCCUCGAGUGGUGGGCAGCGGCAGCACGUACCUUGCAAAUCUCCUCAUGGUCAUGUACAGCAAAUGCGGGAGCCUUGCCAAGGCACAAUCGGUGUUCUGCAGCAUUGUCAAUCCAAACGUCUUCUCCUGGACAAUCCUGCUGGUUGCGUAUACUAGCCACGGCGAUCUUGAGCGAGCGGAGGAGCUGUGGAGCCGCAUGCCCGUGGCAAAUACCGUAGCCUGGAAUGCAUUGAUUACUGCAUAUGCCGAAAGUGGGCACUUUUCCAAAGCAAAAGCAUUGUUUGAUGGUCUUCUUGCUCCCGACAUUGUGUCCUGGAAUUCGAUGCUUGCCUGUUACAACAAGAACAAUGACGUUGGACAAGCCAUAAAUAUGUUUAAUCUGGUGCCUUGCAGAGAUCUAGUAACCUGGAACUCUGUUCUUGCGGCUUAUGGCGAAAGUGGUGAUCUAGAAAGUACCAAGCUUGCUUUUGACUCUUUGCCGGAGUGGGAUAUGGUCUCCUGGAACACUCUUCUAGCGGCACACGCAAUCGUUGGUUUUAGCGAUGGAACUUCUCGUGUGCUGGAAGAGAUGCCCAUGAGAGACGUUUUCUCUACGACUUUGAUCAUCGCGGCAAAUGCCAAACGAGGGGAUCUUGAUAGCGCGAAAGAAGCAUUUGAAUCGGCGCCUGUCCGAAAUGCCCUGACGUGCUCCGCGAUGCUCGUCGCCUACCUGCAACUGGGCCGCCACGAUGGCGCCCGCUGGUUGCUAGGAUCGAUGCCAGAGCUCACGCUCUCCACUUGGAACGCGCUCGUCUGGGCGCUCGCGAUGGCGGGGCGAAUGGAAGAGGCCAUUGCGAUCCGGGAGCAAAUGCCGGACAAGACGAUCGAAUCCAGCAGCGCCAUCGCCAUCGCCCACGCGCGCGCGGGCGAUCUGGACGCCGCUGCGGCGAUCUUCCUCUACGAGAUGCCACACCACAACGUGGUCUCGUGGACGGCGGCCGUGGAAGCCUACGCCCAGAAUGGCCACCUCGCCAUCGCCCGGAAUCUCUUUCACGCCAUUCCGGAGCGGAAUGCCGUGACGUGGACGGCCAUGAUCGCGGCCUACGUCCAGCACGCACAGCUCCGGAAUGCGGUCGCGCUCUUCCGCGCCGUACCGUUCGGCCACUCCAGCACGGUCUUGUGCAAUGCCUUGAUCAUGGGCCAGGCACUGUACGGAAGCCUGGCCGAAUGCCUGGAGCUCUUCCACGCGAUGCUAAUUGACGCCUUUGUCCCGGACGAGAGCACGAUGGUGGGGAUGAUCAUAGCUAUCUCGCGUUGCCACUGUGAUUACUACAACCGUGGAGCGAUGAUCCAGAGAUGGUUUGGAUCGAUUUCUGUGGAUCACGGCAUGGAACCGUCAAUGCAACACUACUGCUGCGUGGUGGAUGCGCUGGGGCGAGCGGGACACGUAAAUUCCGCCCAAGAGCUCGUACACACGAUGCCGUACGUCCCCGAUAGAGUCGCAUGGAAGACAAUGCUGUGUGCUUGCCGGAACCACGGUAGUACGACACUGGCCCAAGCGGCUGCUAAGAACCUUGUCCGCCGUGAUGGUGACGGCGGGGGUGACGCUGACGGUGAUGGUGAUGGUGAGGGUGACGGUGCCCCUUACAUUCUCUUGUCCAACGCAUUCGCGGAGAAGAGCACGUAA